AUGGUAAUCAAAGUCAUUACAUCCUUGAGCCCCAAAUCUAUCCCACUUUAUCCUGAAAUCUUUGAAGGCCUGGACAGUUUAUCUGCUGUGUAUGUCUACGAUUCACGUUUCUGCUGUCUGGCGCCGACCAGUGUACACUGUAUUGAAGAGCGCCCUCCUCAUCCUCUCUUCACCUGCCGCAAGACCUUCCUUCAGAACUUUACCAUCAAGGUCUUCAUGUGGAUCCUAGGGAUAAGUGCCUUACUGGGAAACACCUUCGUCUUGGUCGUCAGAUUGAGGAGUACCCCUGUGACCAGGGUAGCCAAGAUUCAGGCCAUGAUCAUCACCAACCUGGCCCUGUCUGAUCUCUUGAUGGGUCUCUAUAUGGUGCUCCUCGCCGUGAUGGAUAUCUACAUUGGAGAGUCUUACUUCUGGAAGGGUCGUGCUGAGGAGUGGAGGGCCAGCACUACUUGUCAGAUCGCAGGGUUCAUCUCUGUUCUAAGCAGUGAGACGUCGGUGUUCUUGCUCGUCCUCCUCAGUCUUGACCGAUUCAUUUGUGUCGUGUUCCCGUUCAGCAACUGGCGUUUGGGCGUUGUGUCUACCCGCGUUGCAAUUGCAGUUAUCUGGGUAGGAUCUGGACUUCUCAGCGCCGGAGGCAUAUUGCUGAAUAAUCUCAAUCCAGAUGCCUAUGGUCUUAGUGAUGUAUGCGUUGGACUCCCUUUCAUUCGAAAGUCUACGGAUCUCUACAAAGAGACCGACACCAGGACAUCGAACCAGUAUGGCAUACCCUAUUUCACCACGAUCGCUGGCUCGACCGAAUCAACCUGGAAGUACUCCAUUGUUCUUUUCCUUGGUAUCAAUCUAUGUGGUUUCGUUGUCAUUUUUCUCUCGUACAUUGCCAUUUUCAUCAAGGCCCGUUUUGUCCGCGCUAAAGUUGGUCAAACCAACCAAUCAGCCAACGAGAUCAAGAUGGCGCUGAAGAUGCUGCUGAUUGUCGGCACUGACCUUCUCUGUUGGAUGCCAAUCAUCAUCCUUGGUAUCCUAGUCCAGACCGUCGGGGUCAACGUAACGCCGGACAUCUACGCCUGGUUGGUGGUCUUCGUUCUGCCUAUCAAUUCAUCUCUCAAUCCCUAUCUCUACACCAUCAUAAAUAUGGUUUCCAAAUGACUCUUAUAUCUGUGCUACGAUGAUGACAUCAUUAUAUUCUGAAGCAUUUUUCGGUAUGUUCAAAUUGAUGUCAUCCUACCUAUAGACAGGGGAAGAAUAUAACUGCACAUGGUAUGUAAAAUGUGUCAAUUAAUGUGCUAGAUUUAAGACUUUCACCAACCAGUUAAAAUAAAAUAAAA